AUGCACUCUCCAUACGGUAGUAACAACAAGUCUGGGAAGGCAUGCUCAAGACGAGUGGCUGCUGCUUCUGGUGGCAAUGCUGCCUCUCCUCGUCUCCGCCCUCACCACCCUGGCUCUGGUGUGUGCAUGCGUCUCCACACCACACACGCCUCACCACGCACGCCUCUCUCACGCUCUCCUUUCCAGCAUCUUUGCUUCCAUGGUUCAUCUAUUUCAACCGAUGCCAAGGCGCACUAUGCGGGGCGGGUGGUGGCGCUGGUGAGUGGGGCGAGCAGGGGCAGCGAGGCGGCGUGGAGGGCGUUUCUCGCGCAGCUCACAGAGACCAUCUUCUUCAUGGCUGCCUCUGUUGUGCUGGGGUACGCUGCUCCCAUGCUCCCACACUCCCUUGCACCGCAUGUACCAAUUUCUGAGGUGCUCUCAGAGAUGUUUUCUACGGCGGUGGGCACCAUGGUGCGGACGUUCCUCUUCUCAUCUGCCAGUGAGCGCGUAGCGGCGCACAUCAAGACCAAGCUCUUCCGAUGCCUGCUCGCCCAGGACAUGGCACUGUACGACAGUGUGCGGGUGGGCGAGGUGGCAAGGCGGCUGACAGACGACACGGGGCUGGUGAGGAGCGCGCUGGGCACGGGCACACCAGAGGGCCUGCGCUCCCUCUCCACUGCUGCCUGCGGCCUGCUGCUCAUGCUCGCCAUCUCGCCCACUCUCACAGUGCUGGCGCUCGUGGUGCUGGUGCCCGUGGCAGUGGCAGUGCGGCACUACAGUUACGCCAUUAGAGCCCUGGCCAGGGACGCCCAUGCUGCUGCUGCCACUGCUGCCGCCGUCGCAGAGGUGAGUCGGGUGGGGCCUUGUGUAGGGAGAUGCGUGGGCGGGAGUGGAGGAUGUGGUGGGAGAAGGCGGACGUGGAAGGGGGAUGUGGUGAGGGAGAGGGAGCAAGGUGGGGCGAAGGAGGAUGGUGGUGUAUGGGAUGAUAGUGCUGUGUAUGACAGUGCAGUGGAGAGUAUGAGCCUGCGGUGUGCUUGCGGUGCAGCUUCUGUGCAUGCACGCGUGCACAUCGCUCAAAAUGCUUCUCCUCCACAUUACCAUACCACCAUGCCCACUCCAUCCCAUACCCCACCCCAGGAAGUGCUGCAGGGCAUUCGCAUGGUGCGGUGUUUCUCGCAGCAAGAGUGGGAGCACAACCGCUUCGCACUGCUCACCAGACACUGCAUGCACAUGGGCGUCACACUCGCGGUACCAUCCCCACCCACCUUCCUAUAUUAUUCUUUUGUCCACACCCUCGCGGUGCCUCCAACCGUCGCCCUCACCCCUCGCGCUCACCCCUUGCACUCAUCCCUCGCGCUCACCCCUCGCCCUCAUCCCUCGCGCUCACCCCUCGCGCUCACCCCUCGCGCUCACCCCUCGCGCUCUUCCCUCGCGCUCACCACUUCACCUGAAGACAAGUGCUUCUUCCUAACUCCCUCUGGAUCAGUGCUCAGUGCACACCUGUCAGCUUCUUUCCGAGUGGGGCUGUUAUCAGGAGCAGUGUAUGCGGGUGCAGGGCUGGCAGUGGUGGUGGUGUUCGCGUAUGGAGCAUACCUGUCAGCCGCGGGAGCCGUGGACAUAGGGGACCUCGCAUGCUUUAUACUCAUUGCUGUCACCGUGGGCAUGUCCGUGGCAAAUCUAAGUGGCAUAUACGGCACGAUGGUGAGGGCGAUGGGGGCAGCGGAGAGGGUGCUGCUCAUGCUCAACAUGCACCCGCGCAUGCCACCCCAUGGCAACCGAUGCCCUCCCAUGGGCGGAGAGGGGCCAUGCCUGCUGUUUGACAGAGUGUGGUUCGCAUACCCCUCGCGACCGGAGCACUGGGUUAUCAAGGGUCUCCAACUCGCGUUGCCAUGGGGGCAUACAGUCGCUCUUGUGGGGGUCAGUGGAGGGGGCAAGCUCAGCACCAACACAUGUGACUAUCCUCUCUUUUCUUCUUCUCCUCUUCCCACCUGCCCCUUCUCCCCUCGCUUCCCUCUGCUCCCUCGCCUCCUCUCUCGCCUUCUCAUGCAGUCCACUCUGCUGUCACUAGCGCUGCGCCUGUACGACCCCAGUGCGGGCCGCAUUCUGCUGGCAGGCGUGCCACUGCCUGACAUCGACAGCAACUACCUCCACUCCAAGGUGUCAGUGGUAUGGCAGGAGCCGCUGCUGGUGAGCCGUUCAGUGGCGGCCAACAUCAGUUACGGCGUUACCACCCCCGUGCCCCUCUCAGCCAUCCAACGCGCCGCCACCAUCGCCAACGCUCACCACUUCAUCUGUGCUCUGCCGCACGGGUACGACACGGAGGUGGGGGAGAGGGGCGUGCGGCUGACAGGGGGGCAGCGGCAGCGCAUCGCCAUAGCACGUGCAGUCCUGCUGGAUCCACAGCUGCUGCUGCUGGAUGAGGGCACAGCCAAGAGUGAUGCUGAUAGCGAGCAUCUCGUGCAGGCAGCUAUGGACGAGCUCAUGAAAGGCCGCACAGUACUAGUGAUAGCGCACCGGCUCUCUACAGUCAAGGCGGCACACACAGUGGCGGUGGUGGCGGGGGGAGAGGUGGUGGAGAAGGGCGGGCAUGAGGAGCUGGUGAGCACAGGGGGCAUGUAUGCCCGCCUCGUGCGCCGACAGCUGCAGUCCCAGGGAUCUCUCACUCUUAAGAGCGCUGCUGCUGCUGCCGCCGCUGCAGCCGCUGCUCCAGCUGCUACGGCUGCUGCCGGUGCUGCUGGGGUUUCUGGUAUUGCUGCUGCUGGUAGUGGUACUGCUGGUGGUGCUGGUGAUGGUGAUGGUGCUGGUUCUGCUGCUGCUGCUGCUGCUGCUGCUGGCACUGCAAGUGGUGCUGGUUCUUCUGGUGCCGGUGCUGUCGCUCCCACUGCAGCUGCUGACAAUCGUGGCAGCAUCAGUGGUGGCAGUGUGGGCGAGGCCUCUAACAUCCCGGCCUCUCUACCCCUUGCUGUUCCAGGCCCCUCCAGUACGAGCGGCACCAGUCGGGAGGGAGUGACAGGCUGGCAGGGAGCGAGGGGAAGGCAGGCAGGGGAGAGGGGCGAAGGAGAAGGGGAAAGUGAAGGGCACAGGCAAGGGGGUGGGGGAGGCCAAGGGGGUGGGGGAAGCCAUCGGGAAGGGGGAGGGCAAUGGGGAGGGAGAGGGGAAGAGGAAGGGAGAGGGGGAGGGCAAAGGGGAGGGAGAUGGGAAGGGCAAGGGAGAGGGGAAGAGGAGGAAGGGAAACGUGUGGGCUUGAGGCAGUUGGGCCAACCACUUGGCCCUUUCGUCUCUUCCACUUUCUCCUCCUCUCUCUCACUCAUAUCCUCUUCCAUAUCCGCUUCUAUUUCCUCUUCCGUCUCCCUCCCCUCCUCAUCCCUCCCACAUUCCUCCACUUUCGCUCCCCAUUUCCUUCUCCCUGCCUCCUCCCUCCCUGCCUCCUCCUUCCCAGCCUCAGCACUCUCUUCCUUACCCCUUCUACCAUCCUCUCUUUCCUCUCCUUUCCAUCCUGGACCUCUCCUCUCCUCUCACACCCGGCCUUG